UCAUUUGCGGAAGAUGAUGAAACUCGCGCGCCCCAUUUCGCUAUGCAACUCUUCGCGCAUAUAAAUAUUCUAAAUAAUUCGUUUGCGUUUGCGUUAUUUGCGCUUAUCGUCGAGCUGCGGUGGAUCUUAUAUAAUACGCCUAUUGCGCGCGACAUAGUCUAAUACCUGAAGGGGAAGUCUGUAACAAUACGCUCGCACGUAGACAGAAAUGAAUCCGAAAGCAACGAUAUAUAUUAUUGCAUAGAUAUGGAUACACACACACGUUAAAUGGCAAAGAGAGAUAAGUGCAAAGGUGGCUGUGCGGUUUACAUACACACGUACAUGGAUUCUUCGUAUAUUAAAAAAAGAAUGAGACCGGUAGCCGACUGACGUGGUGGGAGAUACUUGCAUGCCCCACCCCCAUUAGCCCCUUAUAUUUUUAUAUCAACACCUAGUGCGGCUCAGGACGCUGCUGGGCCUGCAGUUUCUUCAGUGGCUUUGUAUAAAAUUUUCCAAUUUUUUUUAUCUAAUAUUAUUGGCAUUUCUUUUCCUUGAAAUCUAAUGUUUUAUAAUUAGUAUUCCACGAGGCGGUUGCGGUUGUGCGUGACAAAGCAGUGUAUUGUGCCUACAGUGCAUUGUGGAAAAAUUAUGAAGACACACGAGUGCUCGUUCAGUGCGAAAUAAUCGGGAUACAUUUUCCUAUACCGUGACUUUUCAGUCCAUAGAAAUGUUCGUUUUACAAGAGAAAAAUUAACUGGUCGGUGAACCCUCAACGUUCUUUAAAUCCCACAGACCUGGAUGGCAGGUACUUGUACCUUUCAUCGCACGUUGACAAUACCAAGCUUAACAAUUCGCUCCGAUCGCCGGAGUCAUUUUCCGGCACUCGGUUUCUCCUCAGUCGCUUCAAUAUUUUCAAAGAGGACACUUGCGCUCAUCCAACGAGAAAGAGAAGAAUGUUAAGUGAAUUAUCCGUUCGAGACUGAUCGGCGCUUGGAGUUGUGAGGUUUCUCAGCGCACGGCUGGGAAGCCAAAACAGUGUUCGAGCCAAGUGAGACGGAAAGCAUUCGUACGGCAAAGUCAAAAAUCGUCCCUACGACUCAUCAUCUCUUUCUCCAUUCACCCACGUCUUGUAUCGUGGCGUAAACGUGAUUUAUCCUUGCCUCUCGCGAGCAUCAUGGACCGCAACGAGAGCACGAAUGAGGGUGGCAGUUCGCCCGACACGGUAAUCGCGCGCUCCUCGUCGGAGGAAGAGAAGCGGAAGUCGAUCGUGGCCAGCACCUCUGGCGAAUACAUCACCGUGGGCGGCAGCAGUUCCAGUCUCGACACCCUGACCAGCGGUAGCGUCGCGACACUCUCCUCCAGCGCCAACGCCGAUGACCGAAAAAAGAGUAAAUUUGGCGCGUUGAAGAGCAGCUUCCGCGAGGGCAACUUAUUUAAAAUCAAGAGGAAGACACGCGGAACCGACGUAUCCUCCUCCUUCGAAGCGGAACAGCACGAUAAAGAGGCAUCCCAGCAGCAGCCGCACCGACUCGUGGACGAGAAAGAGCCGAAAUUGAUGACCGGUGCACUUUCCAGCGCGACUCUGAAGAAGAAGAAAAAGAAGUCGCAUUCGCUGGUGCGCAAGCUGAGCUUGAACAAAUUUCGCAUGUCCUCGGAGCAGCAAGAGCCGCGACAUACUCCGGAGGGUGGCAACAGUAGUCGAUCGCAAAGCCAAUCCUCGCAAGAGUCGCCCGUUCACACGUACGUUCGCGCCACGAAGAAAGAGAACGACGACGCCCUGGAAAGGGAAAAGGGGGCGAAAGAGGAGCUUACGAAACCAGAAAAGCUGCUCGAGAAACCGGCCAAGACCGUCAGCGUAGUGCAACGCAAAUCGCCGUCACUGACCAUCAAGAACGUAGCAGAGACCGUUCAGCCGGCCGCGCGUCUUGAAAUUUCUCCUGAACAUUCGCAACGGGAGAAUCAAGAUAACGCCUCUCCUUUCGACAAACGAUGCAGCUCGACACUCCCAUACACGUUGUCGAGAUGGCCGGAGCAUAGCGAGACCAAGUUCGCGGAGAAUCCGACGGCCAGGAGGGGCAAAGUAAAGGCGAGAUACGAUUCGGAAUCCUCCUGUAUGAAACCGUCGACAUCGUCGCCCGUCGAGGUUCGCCGCAAGCUAUCGCUGCUGGAAGAGAAGCGAGCGAUAUUCCAGCGACGUUUCUUUGAUUCGAAAUCUGAGGACGCGACGCGCUCGGAUGAGACGGUGGUCGACGUUAACACCCGCGACGAAUUAUCGAGCGCCAACAGCAACGAGGCUCUUCGACGGCAGGAAGAGGAAAGGAGGAAGAACGUGCGACAUAUUAGCGUGAGGACCUUCGACGCGUUCUCCACUUUCGGCAAUACCCUCGACGAAGAGGACCUAUCGGAGGAUUGCAACGAUACGGGCAGCAAUUAUCCCAGACUUUACACUGCCAUGGUACCCAUGCUGGGAGCCGUGGACCACCUUGAGUCGUCGUCGAAUAAUGCACCAAACCUCGGAGUAAGCGAGAAACGGGAGCACUUGUAUAAAAUACUAGUAAUCGGCGAGCUCGGGGCGGGGAAAACGUCUAUCAUCAAACGAUACGUGCAUCAAUUCUUCUCUCAACACUAUCGCGCGACGAUUGGCGUUGACUUCGCGCUCAAAGUGCUGAACUGGGAUCCACAUACCAUCAUCAGACUGCAAUUAUGGGAUAUCGCAGGUCAAGAAAGAUUCGGGAACAUGACCAGAGUUUACUAUAAGGAAGCCGUAGGUGCUUUCAUAGUGUUCGAUGUGACGAGAAGCGCGACGCUGGACGCGGUGGUAAAAUGGAAACAGGACCUGGAUUCAAAAGUGCAACUUCCCGAUGGAUCGUCGAUACCGUGCGUUCUGCUGGCGAAUAAGUGCGAUCAGCAGAAGGAAGGUCUGGUUAACUCGCCCGCCAAGAUGGACGAAUACUGCAGAGAGAAGAACUUUUCUGGCUGGUUCGAAACCUCGGCGAAGGAGAACAUUAACAUCGAGGAAGCAGCCAGAUUCCUUGUCAACAAAAUACUUCAAAAUGAUCAGGUUAUAAGAGACAACGGUAUCCAGGAACAGACAGACAACGAGAGAUUCGCGUUGAAUCAAUCGCCGACGAGUUCCAAAAAAUCCUGCAGCUGCUGACGAAUAAGCAAAUUGUUGAACUCAAGUUCGAAUUCUCGGUCACGAAUUUCCACCUAUCGACCUCAACGUGUCUUCGCAGAUGCCAUGAGAAUCAUGAUUUUCUACACUUUGCCAUUUUUAGUAAUAGGGAGCAUCUGCUUAUUCUCCAGCGAGAAUCUUUUAUAAUGUGCGAAGAUUAUUUGGGUUUGCCAAUCCAAAUCAUUUUUUUAUACAUAUACAGCACGAGCAAGCCAUACUUUAAGUGUAAUAAACUAAACAGAUUUUUUAACAUUUCUAUAAACAGUGCUUUUGAAAUGCAUAUAAUAAGGUUACAACAAUCUUGACAAGAUCACCGAUGUGCAUUCUUUCUUAAUUAAUUGACACGUGCAUUUAAAUUAAUUAGAGUAGAUUUGUAUAUAACACUGCUUUCUACCUAAAAAAUUAUGUGAAUAACUGUUAUUUAUACUAUUGCUUCUAGCGUUAUUGAUGGCAAGAAUUAAGAAUCUGGUGUGUAUACGUGUGGUAAAGAGCGUAAUGCUAUUUAUUGUGUCAUUCGGUAAAUUAAAUCAAUUAUACAUCCACAUAAUUCGAUAAAAUCAAGACAAAACACUUUUGAUUGCUUUCUCGUUAGAUUUACAGUAAUACGCUUCCCAACUAUACUUCCAUUUCGCUGUUUACUUUAUAGAUUAACUUCCAUUGCCGACAACAUUGUGCCUUCGUUCGCACAAUCGCAGCUAGUUACACAUGACAGCUGAUUGUAAUUAGAACAUUAAACGACCAUUUUAUAUAAACCGCGUUUAGACCAAUUUUGCUAGUAGCAUUUUUUGGACUGCGACAUUUGCAAUAUUUGGAUUAAAAGGUGAAAAAUAAGAAUCUUUAAUGUAUCGCUUCCCAAGUUGAGAAAGGUGCAGAGGUAUAUAAUGUUCUUGAUGUAUGUCUACGUAUAGAAGCAUACGUCUGUUAGUAAGGUAUAUAUCAAGAGCAUACACUUGUACGUAUAUGCUAUUGACAUGUACCUCGUACAUUGUAAAUAAUUUAGAUUUUACACCAAUGAUCUUCACUUUUCGAGCGAUGUUCGCAUGUUUGCACUUUUAUAUAAUAUGAUUUAACAAUGCGGCGUGUAUCGUUAUUGCAGAGAAAAUUGUAGAUAUAUAUAUACAUAUAUAAACAUACGUUACAUGUUAUUUCUUCGAAGUGUUGUAAUGUAUCUAACACGCUAUUACUAUCUAACAGUAAUAAUAGCAACAUACCUGCCUCUAUUUUUAGUCUUUUUGUAUAAAUACAAGGCAUAAUUACGAAACGAUGUUUAACUAUAAUAUUAAAUUUGUUAAUAUGAGAGAA